AUGGAACUCAACUGGCCCUCUAAGACACCUCCGUCUUUUGGCUCUGUGACAGAGAGCUCACCAUCGCUUUCGUCCUCAUUUGAAUUCGUGGAUCUCCCGAGAGAAGAUCGUAUUCCAUGUGGACUGCCGCUACCAGAAAGUACUUUCAUGGGCCCUCUGCCAGACAAGGAUAUCGCUGCGGAGGCCAGUGUUGCACCGCUCAUUGCAGAUCAUCUAUCAGGAAGCAGCAACAUCGACACUUCAUUUCAGUAUCCAAUGGGCACGGAGACUGAGUCUUGGCCUCCCCAAUAUUACCCAGACAGACUAGCAUGGCCAGCUUUCACAACGCUGCCAUCCUGCUCAUGGCCAAUGCCCGAUGAUUUAGGAAUCAGCAGCCCCGAGACUCAGUCUAUAGCUCCCCACCACUUCUCCUCUAACAAUGUUUUACCAUCGCACAACAAUCUUGACAACAUCCCUGCAGCACGGCCAGAUCAACCAGAAUACCCCGCAGUCACAUCCCUAGGAAUGGGGACCUGCCAGCCCCAGCCUACCAACAUACUACAAACUUACACUGGUCUACCAGCUAUGCCUGAUUGCACCGUAUCAUUCCCUACUCUCGACCUGUCAGCUCCCUAUCCAAACCCCCCACAACCCCAAAACGAGAACCACGCCAUAGAAGCGAGUCUACACUACAGCGACGCUCGCAACGUACUACUCAUUGAGUGGAAGCGAGCCGGACUAUCCUACAAAGAUAUCAAACGCAUGGGUGGCUUUAAGGAAGCUGAAUCGACUUUACGCGGACGGUUCCGAACCCUCACCAAGGCUAAAGAGCAUCGUGUGCGAAAACCCAAGUGGCUCAAGAGCGAUAUUCAACUCCUCUGCGAAGCAGUGGCUCAAUGUGCGAGCCCGGCUUCCCCGUCUGGUUCCAGAUAUACAUCCCUCACGCAAGCGAACAUGAACUUGACAAUGACUGGACAGCCACCCAAGGUAUCGUGGAAGAAGGUGGCGCAGUAUAUUUGGAGUCACGGAGGAUCUUAUCAAUUUGGGAAUGCGACUUGUAAGAAGAAAUGGUGUGACAUUCACGGGAUCAAGAUAUGA